UUCUAUCAAUAUUUUGUUUUCUCUUAUUCAGUUUAUCUUAAAAUUCAAAGUUUAUUGUAAAUUAUGGUUAAUAAUUUUGCUUAGAAAAUUUACCCCACAGAAGUUUUACGAUCAUGGAGGGAUCACCGAACCAACCAAAUAUCACAGAACAGAAAAAGCACUACGAUGAUCGAAUAAGAGCAAUAGAAGAUGCAAUCUGCAAUCUUUGUGGUCCGUCAUGUGGAACAUGUACUCAAGAUGCCAGACAGCCGCCGGACGAAUCAUGGAUGGCUGAUGGACGAUUUCAUGCUGCUCAACAGGCUCCCAAGAAGACCGAGGGAAGAUGGGUAGCUGAGUCUCCAAGGCAGCCGGCAGGUGCUGCACAAUGUAACGCUGAAUUUCCCCCGCUGAGUCUAUUGUCCGUGGAGAAUGGUGCGACCAUGCCAGCCUACAACCCUGUCGACCAGCUGGUCUUGGAAAAGUCCACUUCAGUGUGUAGGCCUAAUGCAGUGUGUAGUACUGAACAGGAGCAGCAAAACAAGGUGGAAAAAGAUUUGAGCCUGGUCAUAAACGAGACUGAAUACAUGAUCAACUUUGGGUGCAAACAAGUCAGACAUUUGAAUGCUGUAACUCUUGAGCUGAAACUGUUGUUGACAUAUGAGCAGAAAAUUCUCAAACAAGUGGUCAAUAGAAUUGACAAAUUUAAAUUGCUUAGAGAAGAAAAUAAGAGAAAAGCAACAGAAUGGGAAAACAAAUACAAGGAGAAAACACCGGAAUACGAACGUUAUUCUGUUAUGUUGAUAAAUGUUCCGCAGACAGAAACUAUCAACGUAGAUGGAAUCCCAGGUCCAGUUCAGCAGAUGACGUUCUAA